AUGGUCUUCUUAUUAGGGAUCAACUUCCCCGAAACUAGACUCCUGAAGAAAUCCCUCGAAACAUUCUAUGGCAUCGGCGUCCAACACUCCUCCCGCAUCCUAGCCAGACACUCCAUCUUCCCCGGGGCACGUAUCGGCGACCUUCCCACCAAAACAAUGCUUGCCAUCGACGCCGAGCUGUCAAACAUGAAGAUCGAGAACGAUCUGCGGAAAGAAAUGCGGUCGAAUAUUAUGCGGCUGAGAGAUAUGGGUAGUUAUAGAGGAAGGAGACAUGCGAUGGGAUACCCGGUCAGAGGACAGAGGACUAGGAGUCAGAUCUUGACGGCAAGGAAAUUGAAUAGGACGGAUCGGGUGGGUUGA